AUGGUGGAUUGGAUCGCUCCAGCAAUGUUGCGUUCAAAGUCCAGUUCGAGCGAAUUCAUAUCAAUAAGGCCUCCCCCAAUCUUCCUCGGAUACACUGUUAAUGAAGCAACCCAUGUCCGUGGCGAGAAAAAAAUGGACUCCAUGUCGAUGUUCCCGCCAUUCCAGCAGUCUGGGUCCGGAAGGCAGGUGUCGUGUGGGAUCUUCAGGUGGAUUCGAUUCGAUUCCUCCAACCGAAUCCGGUACGUCUCCGAGCAAGUCACGGUUUUGCGUAUUGCUGUUCAUCGUCUGAGUGCAGUAGUACCUUUGGCACAAUCGGCGACAGUCCACUCUGUGGUAAUGAUAAGGACAUUGUCAUCACUAUGGAUUGCCUCGAUAAAAUAUUCUUCAGGGAAGCAGCUCAGCUUGCGGAACAACUCCUCCACUUGGUUUUUGCAGAUCCAUUUUCAUUUUGGCAGGCUACUGAUCGAUGGACCUUUGAAGCGGUCUGCGGGGAUCCCCUGCGCCUUCAGAACAAAACGUGUGUUCUUACAUUGGAUGCUACCACGACAAUAA